UUAUGGUUGGUAUGGGUCAGAAAGAUUCCUAUGUAGGUGAUGAAGCUCAGAGCAAAAGAGGUAUUCUUACUUUGAAAUAUCCAAUUGAACAUGGCAUCAUCACCAACUGGGAUGAUAUGGAAAAGAUCUGGCACCACACAUUCUACAAUGAACUCCGUGUGGCCCCAGAGGAACACCCUACCUUGCUCACAGAAGCCCCCUUGAACCCUAAAGCUAAUCGUGAAAAGAUGACCCAGAUAAUGUUUGAGACCUUCAACGUACCUGCUAUGUAUGUGGCAAUCCAGGCUGUCCUGUCCCUGUAUGCCUCGGGUCGUACAACAGGUAUUGUUCUUGAUUCGGGUGAUGGCGUCACCCACAAUGUACCUAUUUAUGAAGGUUAUGCUUUACCUCAUGCUAUCAUGCGUCUGGAUCUGGCUGGCAGGGAUCUGACUGACUACCUCAUGAAGAUCCUCACAGAACGUGGCUACUCCUUUGUGACAACAGCUGAACGUGAGAUUGUUCGUGAUAUCAAAGAGAAAUUGUGCUAUGUUGCACUGGACUUUGAGAAUGAAAUGGCCACUGCUGCCUCUUCCUCCUCUCUGGAAAAGAGCUAUGAAUUGCCUGAUGGUCAAGUGAUCACAAUUGGUAAUGAACGUUUCCGCUGCCCUGAAACCUUAUUCCAGCCAUCCUUUAUUGGUAUGGAAUCUGCUGGUAUCCAUGAAACUACCUACAACAGUAUCAUGAAGUGUGAUAUUGAUAUCCGUAAGGACUUGUAUGCUAACAACGUCCUCUCAGGUGGUACGACGAUGUACCCUGGCAUUGCUGAUCGCAUGCAGAAAGAAAUCACCGCUCUUGCUCCUAGCACUAUGAAGAUCAAGAUCAUUGCCCCACCUGAGCGCAAGUACUCUGUCUGGAUUGGUGGCUCCAUUCUAGCAUCUCUGUCCACCUUCCAGCAAAUGUGGAUCAGUAAACAGGAGUAUGAUGAAGCUGGUCCAUCCAUUGUACACCGCAAGUGCUUCUAAGCACUUUUCCCCUCAAUUUGCUUCCACUCAGGAUGACGACAAUAUGCUUCUUGGAGUCUUCUGGCAACCCUUCCUGAACUCUUCAGUCAUUGUACAGUUUGUUUACACACCCGUGCAAUUUAUUUGUGCUUCUAAUAUUUAUUGCUUUAUAAAUAAAGGAGAUUUGGGACUUGCAACCUACAAA